GAAACAUGUGCAGGUUUUUGUUUAGCUGGAAAAACCAGCUAUGCCACAAUGGGGCAGUGCUUGCAAAACAGCACUUUUGAACUGCAGCAAAUGGUGCCUACAUCGUCUUCAGUCCUUCAUUCAAAGAGGUGUAAGGUAUUCAGUGACAUCCCAAAACAAUGAAGCGUCUGAACAGAAAAGGGGCUGCCAACUUAGUAAAAGAACUAGACGCCUUCCCUAAAGUUCCAGACAGUUAUGUUGUAACAUCAGCUUUUGGAGGCACAGUGUCCUUGGUUGUUUUCACCCUUAUGGCCCUUCUGACCAUCUCUGAGUUUCUUCUGUACCGAGACACGUGGAUGAAAUAUGAAUAUGAAGUAGACACAGACUUUUCCAGCAAAUUGAAAAUAAAAAUUGACAUCACGGUUGCAAUGAAAUGCGAAAGGGUGGGCGCAGAUGUGUUGGAUAUUGCUGAUGAUGUGGUUGCAUCAAAGGAACUAAAAUAUGAACCCGUGAACUUUGAGCCUUCUGCACAACAAAAACUGUGGUAUCAGAUAUUACAGCAGAUUCAAGGCAGACUGAGGGAGGAGCAUUCUCUUCAAGAUGUGCUCUUUAGGUCUGCACUGAAAGGAUCCUUUUAUGACCCAUUGCCACGGAAUGAUUCUGCAUCUGUAUCCCAAAAUGCCUGCAGGAUACAUGGACUAAUCUAUGUUAAUAAAGUUGCAGGAAACUUACAUAUCACACUUGGAAAACCUGUGACUACUCUCAGAGGUCAUGCCCAUUUUGCACCUUUAAUAAGGAAAGAAGUUUAUAACUUCUCACAUCGAAUAGAUUAUUUGUCUUUCGGAAAUGACGUUCCUGGGCACAUCAAUCCUCUUGAUGGCACAGAGAAAAUUACAUUAGAAAACAAUCAGCUGUUUCAGUAUUUCAUCACAGUGGUGCCUACCAAGCUUCACACAUCAGAUAUCUCGGUGGAUAUGCAUCAGUUUUCUGUCACAGAAAGGGAGCGGGUUAUAAACAAUAUGGCAGGCAGUUAUGGUGUGUCUGGGAUCUUUUUUAAGUAUAAACUAAGUCCACUGAUGGUGAGGGUAAGUGAGGAACAUAUGCCUUUCUCUGUGUUCCUUGUGAGGUUGUGUGGCAUCAUUGGAGGAAUCUUCUCCACCUCAGACCUGCUCCACAGAUUGAUCGGGUAUUUUUUUGACAUCAUCAGCUGUCGCUUUAAACUUGGCACACAAUAUUUCAAGCCGGUCCUCGAUACUUAGGAAACCCUGAAAAGCAACAACCAAAACAGAUUACAUAGCGCUACACUUUUUUAUGAUUUUAAAUAAUUAAAAACAUGUAUUAAAAUGUAUACCUAGUUAAUGUUAAACAAUAAAUGUUUUUUUUAUUAACAGAGUUUUGUAGUUCAAUU